AAUACGCGAGCUCGUCGUAACUAGGACACCCUGCACUCGCGGUGUUCACUGUGGGGCCGCGCCGCUCCAGAAAUCGCUCCUCUCUUCUGGGCCACCUCCGCAUGACGGGGCCGCUACACAGCGCUCUUAGAUUAAUAAUAGCAACAACAACAACAAUAGGCCAUCGCAACUCCCCCCCCCCCCUCCCACAAGGCAGUGUGCGCGCCGCGGUAGAGUUGAGCGCUGCUGCUCGCGUGUGCGCCCACUCCAGCGGGGGUGGCGGCGGUGCGCGGGAGGGUUUAUAGGACGGCUGAGUGACGCGCGGUGACGCGGCUCCCCUGCUUGCGGCUCGCGGCGCAAACCUUCAUGAAUUAUACAGAUGAUCCGUCCCGUCGGCCGCGACGAUCCGCUCCGCGUUAGCGCCCAGAAGCAAACAGCCGGCGAGCCGGCCGCUCGUAUUUAUACUCCUCGCGCCGCUCCCCUCCGCGCAGACAUGCCGACUGGGAGGGGCGACCCGCGCAAGCCGCGCUCAUAAGCGGCCCUACACUUUAGCCGAGACGUUGCCCAGCGAUGUGUUGUUACUGAAUGCUUAGGGAGUAGUGUCGCUGCUACUGCUGCUGUUGCUGCUGCUGCUGUUGUUAUUAGUAGCAGUAGUGGAGUGCGCUCGACUAGAGUAGGAGCCACAGAGGCGUAAUGCGGUUGAGAAGCGCGUGCAACGGUGGGGUGACCCUUCUCGCGUUGCUGCCGCUGACAGCUUUGGCUCUCGUGAGCGGCGACCCGCUCUUCACGAACCAUUUUCUGGUGCAGCUGCAUCAGGGAGACCUCGGCGUUGCUGGGCAAGUGGCGCGGGACCGCGGCUUCAUCAACCAUGGCCAGCUCCACUUUGCUCAGGACCUCUUCCACUUCUCCCACCCCGCGGCGGCGCGGGCGAGGAGGCGGCGCAGCCUCUCUCACCACCUCCGCCUCGAGAGGGACCCCAGGGUGAAGCGCGUGGUGCAGCAGGAGGGAUACUCGCGAAACAAGCGCGGAUACAAGUCCCUGGACAACUUGAACAUCGACAUGAACGACCCGCUCUUCAGCAAGCAGUGGUACCUGAUAAACACGGGGCAGGCAGAUGGGAAACCUGGACUGGAUCUGAACGUGGUGGAGGCUUGGGAACUCGGCUACACGGGCAAAGGAGUGACCAUCGCCAUCAUGGAUGACGGUAUCGACUACCUUCACCCGGACCUUGCCGCCAACUACCAUGCCGAGGCCAGCUACGACUUCAGCAGCAACGAUCCCUUUCCGUACCCACGCUACACCGACGACUGGUUCAACAGCCAUGGAACCCGCUGUGCGGGGGAAGUUUCUGCAGUCGCCAACAACAACGUGUGUGGAGUGGGAGUCGCGUACAACUCGCGCGUGGCAGGCAUCCGCAUGCUGGACCAGCCCUUCAUGACGGACAUCAUCGAGGCGUCGGCCAUCAGCCACCUGCCCCAGAUGAUCGACAUCUACAGCGCCAGCUGGGGCCCCACGGACGACGGGCGUACUGUGGACGGCCCUCGUGAGCUCACUCUGCAGGCCAUGGCCGACGGCGUCAACAAGGGCCGCGGAGGGAAGGGCAGCAUCUACGUGUGGGCGUCGGGAGACGGAGGCUCCUACGACGACUGCAACUGCGACGGCUACGCGUCGAGCAUGUGGACCAUAUCCAUCAACUCGGCCAUCAACGACGGGCGCACGGCGCUCUACGACGAGAGUUGCUCCUCCACGCUCGCCUCCACCUUCAGCAACGGGCGCAAGAAGGACCCCGAGGCCGGCGUGGCCACCACGGACCUGUACGGUAACUGCACGCUGCGACACUCCGGGACAUCCGCCGCAGCCCCCGAAGCAGCCGGGGUGUUCGCCCUGGCGAUAGAGGCCAACCCGGAGCUGACGUGGCGUGACCUGCAGCACCUCGCCGUGCUCACGUCCAAGCGGAACCAGCUGCACGACGAGGUGCACAAGUGGCAGCGCAACGGCGUGGGCCUCGAGUUCAACCACCUCUUCGGCUACGGGGUGCUCGACGCCGGCGCCAUGGUGCGCAUGGCGCGCGACUGGAGGAGCGUCCCCGAGCGAUUCCACUGCAAGGGCGGCUCCAUCACCAGCGCGCGCGCCGUGCCGGGCCAGGGCAGGCUGGUGCUGACCGUGGACACGGACGCGUGCGAAGGGCGCGCCGACCACGUUCGCUACCUGGAGCACGCGCAGGCCGUGGUGACGGUGAACGCGACGCGGCGAGGCGACCUCACGCUCAACCUCACCUCGCCCAUGGGCACGCGCUCGCUGCUACUCGGCCGGCGGCCCCGCGACUCCGACUCGCGCGUCGGCUUCCACCGCUGGCCCUUCAUGACGACGCACACGUGGGGCGAGGACCCGCGCGGCCGGUGGACGCUCGAGGUGGGCUUCGCCGACGGAGCGGAGGGCCCCGCCGCGGCGGCGGCGGCGGCGGCGCGAAGCGGCGUGAUCUCCGAGUGGACGCUCAUGCUCCACGGCACGCACUCGCCGCCCUACGUGGGUCAGGUGGUGCGCGACUCGGGCUCCAAGCUGGCGAUGUCGCGCCGGCAGGAGCUCGAGCAGGAGCUGGGCGAGGCCGUGGCGCGAAGCCUCCGGCGGAGAAACGGCGGCCGCUAAGCGGCGGCGGCGGCGGCGACGACUAGAAUGGAGCCCUCGAGCGCGCACGCACGCGCGUGUACACGCACACACACACGUACAUUCACACACGCACAUAGAGCAUCUCACACGCGCGCUCACACGCGGGCGCAGUCCCUCACGCGCACACGCGUAAGCUCACACCCACGCUGACACACGCGUACGCUCACACAUAUGUUCUCAAACACAUAUGUAUGCUCUCACACACAUGCCGACGCGCAGACAGCAACACAGCACACACUGGUCCUCACACACGCGCACACAUACGCGUGCUCGCACACGCGUACGUACACACCGGGCCAAGCUGAGUAGCAAAUACCACGCGCAUGUACACACACAUGCACAUCCAGCCACCGACAUCGCUAAUGUAAUAUGUACUCUGUUUCUAUUGGGCCUAUUAUGAGUAAUAUUCUUGAUCAUAAUAAUCUCUUCUAAAGAUGUUUAAUAAUGUGAGUUUUAUUUUAUUCCACCCCACCGGCACCGCUGAGCACCGACUUUUCAUUUGGCUUUGUUCAAACUCGAAUGCACACGUGGAUAUAUUCCACGGAGGUCAUCAAACAUUUGCGGGAACACUGCCCGCACAAACGAGACGAGGAAUUACGUGGCACUUUCUCACGAUUGAAAAACAAUGCGGCCAAAGUAAUAAACUCCACGUCCGGACUGUGCCACGGGUCUGAUCGAUGCUGCGAGCUAACGCGUAUCGACAGCCCCCCGUAUUGCCCGUCAACUUUUGUGAUGAUAGCAUAUAGGGCGUUACGUAAAAUAGAUGUUUACUCCUCACCCCAAUUCGGGCUCUCCGUGCUCCAGAAAACGCUCUCGCUCGUUCGUAUGUGGGUGUCGUUCCUCCGAUAAACAGAAACACGCAUCAGUGGUUGGUUAUUUUUUUUUUUUUUAUAAAUCCACAACACCACCAAUUGUGUGCACAUCACUGCCAUAACUUUUUCCGGUAACAUUCCGGCCUUCAAGAGGAUUGGCUCCACAAACACUCUUUGCUUAUUUAUAUUUUAUAGCUUUGACAGCCCCACGGAAAUGAGUAAAACAAUUGAAAUUCGAAAAAGAACUCGAAGGGAAAUAAUCACGCUUUCGAAUUUUAACAAUCGGCCGUGGCAUCAACGCCUUGUGCUGCUGGUUCCGUCCACGGAGGAGCUGCAGGGUUAGAGGCACCCCGCGUAUCGCGCUCCCCUCCACUCCCGACGUGCAGUCAGUCUCUACAGCGUUCCCACACGCCAGCAUCCACAGGCUCUUCAGACCUCUUUGAGAUGGUCCUCAGAAUCGGCUGUGUAAUGAUGGGGCUGUGUAGGCUGGGCUGUGGGCACGCACCCGUGCCGCUUGAGAAGGGGACAGGCAGGUGAGCGGUCACGCGCCGUCACGCUUCGGGCGUUUCGGCUCCGCGAGCCCACGACAGCCUCUCGGUGCCGCCGCUGUGGAGUGGUCCUUCUGCUGCUCGCUGACGGGUCUCCCGCCUGGCCUCCACCGCCAUGUCCUGAUUGUCACAAUCUCAGCCCCUCUGUCAUUUAUAUAACGGAAUCCCAUUGCCUUAGGGCCCCGUUCGGUGUUUUCUGUUCACAAUAGCCGCUCACAGUAGGCGCGCACAAUAGCGUUCAAAUUUUCAAAGGCCGCAUAAAUGAGCACGGCGCUCGGGAUUCUGAAGCGUCUUUCCAUCUGGCACCGGUCGCCCGUUGCGUUUUGAGUGCAGAAAAGCGGCGGAGUCGUUCUCUGAUCUCGGUCACCCCCCUAAACGCAAGCUCCUGUGGCUCCUUCACGUCAUUCCGCAACGGUCUGUGCACAGAGGCCAGCAACAGUGUGAGGAUAUGGCGACCGGCGGUAUCCCAGACAGAUCCUACGUUUCUGUAAAUAGGAGACGCGGUUUUGCUUGACAGUUACUUGAUAAAUACUGCACACACACACCGGUGUCUAAGUGUUUCGGUGCAGUGUUUUUAUCACUUCGUUUAUAAAUCUCUUGGCGUUUCGUGAGAGAGGGCCUUGCUCCUCCUCCUCCUAAAAAUGUGCAAUUUUAAGAGAUGAGAGAAAAAAACGUCCCCGAGCCAUGUGCCGGUGCCGAGAGAUGUGUGCUCGGCUUGCGGCCGCAUUUACGCCGGAUGUCCAUCGAAGAAAACAUUAAAAUUAUUUAUUAACAUUUUGAGAGAUUAAUAUAUUUCAGAAAGAAGGGGGCGAAAAAAAACCCCUAAAAUAUCCUAUAAAAAAUAUAUAAGUGUACUGUUGUAGUCUCUGCCUGUUGAAUUAAUAUUUGAAUGUGAACAUGAAGUACCGUAUCGUCGUUUAAACAUGACGGGGAGCAGAGCAAUUUACGCCGUGUUCUCGCUGACCUGUCGCCAUUCCAAAUCUUGCCCUCUGCGUUCAUCUCUUCUCUCGCGAGGUGUGUGUACGGAACACCUUCUCUCGUCAACCAAAUGUGGCUUUAGUCUCCGUCUUAUUUUUUUCCGGCUGCGUAUUUACAUAAAUGUUCCAGUUUACUCUC